AUGGAAUAUCUAGUUAUUAAUAGGAGCGUCUCACACGUACCACAACCUCACCACAACCACACCACAACCACAUCACAACCACAUCAUAACCACACCACAACCACACCACAACCACACCACAACCACACCACAACCACACCACAACCACACCACAACCACACCACAACCUCACCACAACCACACCACAACCACACCACAACCACACCACACCCACACCACAACCACACCACAACCACACCACAACCACACCACAACCAUAUCACAACCACAUCACAACCACACCACAACCACAUCACAAACACACCACAACCACCACAACCACACCACAACCACAUCACAACCACAUCACAACCACACCACAACCACAUCACAACCACACCACAACCACAUCACAACCACACCACAACCACACCACAACUACACCACAACCACACCACAACCACACCACAACCACACCACAACCACACCACAACCACUUCACAAUCACAUCACAACCACACCACAACCACACCACAACCACAUCACAACCACAUCACAACCACAUCACAACCACACCACAAUCACAUCACAACCACACCACAACCACAUCAUAACCACAUCACAACCACACCACAAUUACAUCACAACCACACCACAACCACACCUCAACCACAUCACAACCACAUCACAACCACACCACAACCACAUCACAACCACACCACAACCACAUCAUAA